AUGGUUUCUUUUGCCACCUCUUCUCACCCUGUAUGGGGAGAGUGCUUUGUGACCACAGUAGCUGGGGACCUUCCUCAUGUUGCUCCGGUCACCCAUCACUCCUCCAUGUCAGUGGCCCCUCCCCCUUCUACUUCUUCAGCUACUGCCUCAAAAGAGGCCGCCUCCUCUGUCCGGAGAGGGCUGGCAGAUAGUUUUAUUCCCCCAUCCUCCGCAUCUGUUUCUGAGGCUAUGACUUCGAAAGCGCCUUCGGAGUCUCACCCCGCCUCUCACCCUUCUCUCUCAAAGCGAAGACACUCUAGACUUUCCACUCUUGGCUCUUCCUCUACGAAGACCAAGAAGCCAAAAAGGGCUAAAAACACAUCUCCAACCAAGGACUCUCAACAGUCCAAAGUUGUUGACAUUGGUCCUACUGAGCCCAGGACAUCUGCUUUACACCCCCUAGCUCCUCAGUCCCCUCUCAAAAUGACACUGCUAGGUCCCUCCUCUCCUCCACUUAUUCACGGCCUAUCACCCGAGAUCGAUGAUCUUGAUGAUAUUGCACGGAUGGAUGAUUUAUCAGCUUUGUCUGAUAUUGACAUCCCUUAUCUCCAAUAUCUUCUUAUGGAUGUAGAUAGUGAGCCUUGCCAGCCUACUACAUCUACUACAAUGGUAAUCGGCGACCCGCCUCACGCAGACGUCGAUGAUACAGACACUGAGCCUCUCGCCGGUGUUGCUGAUACAGACACUGAGCCUCUCGCCAGUGUUGCUGAUACAGAUAUUGAGCCUCACGCCGAUAUCGUUGAUACAGAUGUUGAGCCUCACUCCAACAUCAGUGAUACUCCCAUCGGUGACUCUCAGGGCGCCGAUGGUACUGCGAGUGUUGGUGUUUCUUCUCCAGGUGGGUCAGCAAGCCUAAUCAAAGCUUGUUCUCCUACUCCAGCUGCUGUUUCUCCCUCCAGUCCCCCCUCUGCACCAGGCUUCCAGUUCUCAGCUCCUUCUCCUCCUGAGGCCUCCCUCAGCACUGAUUUAUCUAGGAGAGUGGACUGCGUUACAUCUGAACUGCAUCAACACAGUGCCGCCUUGAUAGAUCAUGGCAUUGCCUUCUCUGCUAUUAAAGCUACGGUUGAUUCUCUUGAUGCUCGCAUGACUGCUCUUUCCGAUUCUCAGGCCAAUAUCUCUGAAGUUGUAGCUGAUCUUAGUGCUCGAUCGGAAAGUCAAGCUGCCACAAAUCAGUUCACGGAAGAGGACAGGGUUAUGUUAGCCAAAGUCAGUCGCCGUGUUGAGUCCGAUUAUGCUCUUCUUGGCGGUCUUCAUCGCGGUAUCUCACGUCUACUUCGUGCCACAUAUGCUCCAUUUCCUCGUGCUACUGCAUCUGUGCUUUCCCCACCUGCCAAUGUGGAGGGUCCUUAUGUUCCUGCUAGUGGACCUUCCCCUGUUCCCACUGAGGGGGAGAAGAUAGUUGAUCCUGCUACAAGUGACAACGGGGACGACGACUCAGUUUCUACUUCUUCUACCUCUUCAUCCUCAGCUGAGUCAGACUGUGAUGCUCCUACUGAGGGGGAGCUAUUUGAUCAUGAUGAUAGAGCCACAACACCUGUUGAGGGGGAGCAACCAUGUUCUAUGCCUUUAGUAUCUGUUGAGGUUGGUACUAUCCCUUCUCAAGAUGAUAUUCCCACUACUUAUGGGGACUUAGUCCAAACUCACAGAGAAGGAAAGGCACCCAUGACCUCAGAUGAAGAAGCUGCUGCAGCUAAAGCAGCUAAAAUUAUGAUGAAGCAAAGGCACAAGGUGGAGAGGGAGUCGAACAUUAGAGAAGUUGGAGAAGGUGAACCUGAAUCUAGCAGCAAUGAACAAGAAKGAUGGGAUGAUUCAUGGUAUUUUGCAAGCAAAUUUGAUCUCUAG